AUGGAGGCGGCGCUGGGCAGCGACUCACGGCGUGGGAGGAGAGCGGGUCGUGGCGUUGCUGGGGUCUCGUCGCCGGCGGGGCGGCUGUUCCAAGUGGAGUACGCGAUGGAGGUGGUGAAGCAGAAGAGUUCGAGACGAUGGAAGAAAAAACUGGAAAUUGGAGACUGUGGGACUGUCACGGUGGAGGGAAAGCGGGCCGCAGAGGCUGAGGACGACGGCUCGCGGGGUCUGCUCGCGGCGGUCCUAAUCGCCGGAGGAAGAGGCUGGUCGCGGCGUCUGGUCGUGACAGGGUUCGCCGGAAGCCGCAAUUCACGCGUGAACAAGGGUCGCCGGAAUUCUUCGCGAGAUGGAGGCGGCGCUGGGCAGUGA